UUGCCUGGCGACGUGCGGGCCCCGGGCCCCUGGUCGCGGGUCGCGGGUCGCGGGCGCCGGGACGUUACAUUCUUAGUCCGCCCGCGCCCCUCGCCCGCACCCAUAGCCACGGACGCCGGCUACGUCUCUCGAGUACGACCAGUCCGCACGGAGCGCUCAACCGAACGUCGUAAAAACCUAUUUGACGAAAUGGACGAGGAUCUGUCCCAGAGUGCUUCCGGAGGCGCUUCUCCUACUUACGACGAAAGAUAA